GUCGAGCUUGCGAAGAUCCUUGAUGUUCAUCCGGAAACACUACAGCGCUACAUGCGUCAACACAGCAUUGAAAGGUGCUAUUCCAACCUUCGUGACUGUGACCUUGAUGCCCUGGUGAAGCUAUUCAAGUGUCGUAGACCAGAGUCCGGUUUUCGGUACCUUGUUGGCUUUCUUCGCCAACAAGGUGUUCGUGUGCAGCAUAGG